CUCGAAGAAUUUAUUCAGCAUCUCUUACUCAAGCUCAAUCACCUCUGCGUUCUCGUACGGCGACGAAUCGAAGGCGGUGGAGACGCUCCUGCUGCUUUCGGAGCUGCCAAGCUGGAAGAAGUAGUCACCGUCGUCGUCAUCUUCUAAAUUAAGCCCAUUUAAAUCGUCGAAUCCUCGGUAAACAGCGGUGAAUUAUUUGUUCUUGUCAAUUUCUCCCAAUCUGGAGAUCUGCAGAUUUGAGAUGGUUAUCCGGAAUCGAAAAAUCAACACUUGUGCAGCUAGGAGCUUCAACGACCCAAUUGAUCGAUACCAAUCUUUAUCAAUCAAAAAAUGCCUCUCCAAACCCUCCCAAUAUCUCUCCAGUUUCCCGCAUGGGCAGCAGCAGUCCACCGUCGCGCAAUCCGUCGUUGCUCCACCCGGCCAUCUCCACCCUCCUCCGCCUCAUUCCGCCGCACGAUGAGAAGUCGCUGUCAAGCAGCGGCUGCCGCGACGACGCCGGGGGCAGCCUAAAUUGUCUCGUCAUUUUUGUUGGAAUCAGUAUUCAAAUUUCUCAAUUGAAAUCCCCUCUUUGAUCUCCUCCUUCCUUCACCAAACAAAUCCAGAUAACUGUACAUUCAAUUAGAAUUAUUUUAUAAUUAGGGAGUAAAAAAUAUAAUUUGAUCAAAAUCGGAUGUUGACCGUUAAUUUUUAACGGAACAGUUAGUUUAGGACCAAAAUGAUCAAAUUUUCAUUGUUCAGAACCGAUUAAAAAAAUGAUGACAAAAACGGUCGCUCAAGCUUUGCUAUCGUUUUGAGCGUUCUGCAGAGCAAUCCUCCCUUUUUAGAUAUUUUUUGGAAUUUGAGUUUUCUAUUUCGAUCAUAAUAAAUCCAGAAAAAGUAGUGUGAACUGUGAAGUGGAGUAUAAGUAACCGCCCACCAUCGCCGCCUGCCGGAAUCUAGUACUAUAAAAUAACUGCUGCCAUCAGUGUCCGAGUCUUCACCGUCAACGCCGACUAGCCAAAAAUAGCCGCUAGAUCCACUAAUUUUGAAAACCCAAAUUUCUCAUGGCUUCUCACUCCAAUUCCUCACCACCAAAGGAGAGAGAUGGAAUGGCCGCUGAUGAUCAAAAGGACGAAACACGAUUCAAUUAUCAUAAAGAGGAGGAAGACAGAGAGAUUGAUCUGGCAGGCACCGAGCCUGAAACCCCCUUGCCCCUUACUGUCACUUCAAGGGUACUGUAUAUGUUAGGGGAUAUUACAGCAGGUCCUGCUUAUAGGUUUGCACAAUGGCUUGAGCUUGUUCGCAAGCGCAGCAGUAAGUAUCGGGCCUCAGGGUUUCCUCACCGGCCUCAUCACACUGAGAGCAUGCCCUUAAGUUUAGAAGAAUAUAACGUUGAUUUAAAAACAUCCCCACCUGAGCAAGCCACAGAAAUCAGCUUGUGGGACAGACUUGGUAAAUCUGACAUGUUAGACAUUGAUUCAAGCUCCUUCUCCUGGAACACACUUUCUUCGCUUCACCAUACGGAGCAUAGCAGCAGUACAGAGCAGUCUGAGGAUGAAAUGACCAGACCACUGGAGGUCACCGUUAAUUCUGGCGGAGUUGUUUUUUUCGCGCUAUUUAACCAACCAGAACAUGAUGAGUCUUCUCCCAAGGAAGCUGCGGCAGUCAUAAAAUUUGCAUCAUCAAGGAUGGCUACCCAAUCGGAGAGACUUGGCUAUGAAUUUGCUAAGUGGCUAGGUGUCAAAACUCCACAAGCUAGGGUCAUUCAUAAUGCCAGCCCUGAAUGGCAGCAAAUAAAGGAAGCUGCAGAAAAAGCAAAAGAUUCUGCCGUUGCAGAAGGGGAUGAAAUUGGUGAAAUGACUUGUUCAGAACUUCUGGAAGCUCUUGAGCUUAGUCGCUGCCUUCUGGUGAUGAAUUAUGUCCAUGGAUCUCCGUUAUUGGAAACCUCAAAUGCUUUUGAGUCACGAGAAGUUGCAGAAAAGACUGGAUCAGCGCUUGGCAGGAUUUUGAUGUUAGACCUUGUUAUUAGAAAUGAAGAUCGCCUUCCUUGUCGCCAUCUCAGGUGGCGUGGAAACACAGCAAAUUUGCUGUGGGCUGAAAAAGCUGCUGGCGCAAAUAUGGAUGCGCUAGAGUUGGCUUUCGAUUCAGCAAUCAAUAGAUAUAGACCAAAAGUUAUUCGGGCACUUCAAAAGGAAAGAAGAGCAACUUCCAUAGACAGUAGUAGACUAAGCCCUCCGCAACCUGCAUUGGUAUCGCAGAGUUCUGAUGUUUCUGAUAUUCUAGAAUCUCCAAAAUCUAGCAAUAUGAGUGUAAAGAGUCUUUCUUUGAAUGAGUCAGGAUGUAAUGAUCUUCAUAUUCUGGCAAUAGACUCUGGGGUACCUCGAAGACCACCAGCUGGAAAACGUACAAAUGACCAAGCAAAUUACCCUAAGCUAGUUGAGCUCCUCAUAAACAGUUCGGAGUACGCAUCACAGCUGUUGAAUGAAAUAACCAGUGGAAAACUGGGGACAUCGCCAGAAAAUGCUGAUGUAACGACUGAUAUACGGGAAUAUGAAAUGACCUCAGUUGUACAAUCAUUCAGAAGUGGAUUUCGAGCAGCACUCAGGGACUUGCAGGGAUUUCAUAUUUUCCUUCUUACUCUUCACCAGAAACUAGAUGGUCUUUUGAGAAUUUUUCUCAAUAUUGUAAAUAAAUCUACUUGCGGUGAUCUUGACAAAGAGGAUCUGGUGGUUCCUGAAUCACCGUCUCAUGCCCACUUUCUACCUUCACCUAGCAGGGAUCGGGGCUCCAGUGAUAACACUUCAGAUGUAAAUGAGUCAGAAUCACAGAGAGUAGGGCCGAGACAGCCAUCUAGCGGAUUUAGAGAAAGUUUAGAUAGCUGUUCUCCAAUAUCACGCGACAAUUGGCAUGGAAAGUCAGGCAGGGGGAGUGGAGAGCCCUUACGUAGCUUGCGAUUGACGUCAAAGCUUCGUGACUUCCACAAAUUUGCAAAGAUGGAUGCAGAACUAAACAAAGAAUUAGAACAGUGGACUGACAUGCUUAAGAAUGAUGCAAUUAAACUGUGCCAGGAGAAUAAUUUCACUACCGGGUUCUUUGAAGGCAGUGAUAGCAAUUAUAUGGUUGAUGCUUAUGAGCUAAAGGUCAGGCUCGAGCACAUUCUUGAGAGAAUAGGAUUAAUAUCUGAAGCAGCAAACACGGAAAAACCAUCACCAAUAUCAGGCAGUCUGUUUAUCGGGAAGAGUAGGAGCGCAACACUGAUUCUCGCUUAUCUGAUGCUCAGAAAAAACUUUACUCUAUCACAAGCGUGGAAUGCGCUGAAACGAGCUCAUCGCAGAGCCCAGCCUAAUGAUGGGUUUGCGAGGAUUCUGUUGGACUUGGACCAAAAGUUGCACGGAAAAGUCUCAAUGGAAUGGCAACAUCGCAGACCGAUGAUGAAGGUGUGUCCGAUCUGUGGGAAGAACGCUGGACUGAGUAGCAGCUCUUUGAAACUUCAUUUACAGAAGGUGCACAAGAAACUAUCAUCAGGCAGUGUCGACAGUGCCAUGACAAUGGAGAUACAGAAGGCACUCGAUGCACUCAAGAUAAGUCGAGGUGGAAGUGUCAGCCCAACCCAAAGACAAUCUCCCUCAAUGACCGAAGAAUAAACAAGGUUUACAUACAUUGUUUCUUUUAUUUAUCUCGGCACUUAUUCAAGAAAGAACUUUGGUGUGCUGUGCUUUCUUUCAUUUCAUAUUGAGUGUGCAAUACAAAGUCACUAUGUAGACUACUAAUACAUGCCUGCUAAUGCUACCCAAGACUAAUCGAGUGAACACAGGUCGUGAAGCCAUGACUUCUGACCAAGUCCAGUCUUGACAAGUCUGGUUCUGAAUGAUAGGGUUCUGAGUUGAGCAGCUCAUGUAUCAUUUGUUCUACUUCGAAUGUUCUGCUUGUGAAUUCUGAGUAAGAUCAAAUACAGACUUGUUCUCUGAGGACUCUGAUCCUUCAUUCGUAGUUGGGUUGGGUUGGGUUGGCAAAUGUUGAUAUCAGUCCCUGCCACAAAUUAUGCACAAUAUUGUGCUCAAGACCAGGUGGCGUUGUUUCUGAAAUGUACUUCACUUUGAAUUUAUGAAAAAUGUCAUGAUGUUUAAUUUUUUUUCUGUUAA